AUGGGUGGUUCAUUCUCCAAGCUAUUUUCUAGCCUUUUCGGGCACAAGGAGAUGCGUAUUUUGAUGGUCGGAUUGGAUGGUGCUGGUAAGACCACCGUUUUGUACAAGUUGAAACUCGGUGAGGUCGUCACGACGAUCCCAACUAUUGGUUUCAAUGUCGAGACCGUGGAAUAUAAGAACAUUUCGUUUACCGUGUGGGAUGUUGGUGGACAAGACAAGAUCAGACCUUUGUGGAGACACUACUUCAGAAACACCGAGGGUAUUAUUUUCGUGGUCGACUCUAACGAUAGAUCGCGUAUCUCAGAGGCCAGAGAAGUUCUACAAAGAAUGCUGAAUGAAGACGAGAUCAGAAACGCUGUUUUGCUGGUUUUCGCCAACAAGCAGGAUUUGCCAGAGGCCAUGUCUGCCGCAGAGAUCACCGAAAAGCUGGGCUUGCACUCCAUCAGACAACGUCCAUGGUUUAUCCAGGCCACCUGUGCCACUUCUGGUGAGGGUCUUUACGAAGGUUUGGAAUGGUUGAGCAACAACUUGAAAAACCAAUCUUAA